AUGGGACAAUCUCAAUCCCAAGCGGACACCCGCCCAGCUACCGCUGAAGAGCUGAGUAAACAGCUGGCCCAAAAAUUCGCAACCCGCUGCUUCACCCCUCUCGAGCUCUACUCCUUCCGCUACGUCUUCCGCAGCCUCGCCGACACCUCCGAUGGCAUCCCAUACCUAAAAGAGGACACGCUCACACGCUUCCUCCAGGUCCCUGAUGCCCUGGGCGUCGCGCCAGUGCUGUUCCAGAUGGUCUCGUACCUGGGAGCGUUCCCGUUUUCGGCAGGGGCGCCGGCGGUGCUGGGGUUUGAGGAGAUGAUUGUUGUGGUGGUGAUGUUGACGGAGAGGUAUGGGAAGGUGCUGAGGGCGGGGGGGAGGGGGAGGAAUGUGUUGCUUUAUCGGAGUUUGACGGUCUUUGAUCGGUUGGACGGGAAAGGGGGGGGGGAUAAGGGUGAAGAGGAGGGUGAGAAAGAGGUUGUGGAGGGAGAGUGGGAGGAGGUCAAUGGGAAUGCGAAGGCGUAUGUGGGCUUCGCCGUGGACCAGCCGGCCAACGACGAGGAGGGCGAUGAUGACGACGAUGGACUUGCGCUAUCGGCAUUGGAGACUCUCGGCGCCAAUGAUGUCUUCAAGCACUCCGACGCACCCCUGAUAUCCCACUGCUCAAUCCCCGUGGACAACUUCCGCAAGAUAAUCAUGCUCCUCCUCCUCAUAGCGCCAUUGGAAUCCAGUCAACCCUUCCCGGACUACAGUGACCGACUCUCAGGCAACAACCUUGAGCAGCUCCGUGCAACAGCCGACGCCAUACUUUCUGCCUUAGUCAACACCGAAUCCGACACCGCCAUAAAAUUCCACGCCUGGAACACCGUCAUCCCCGCCUUCCUACCCAACCUCUUCAACGGCUUCUCAGCCCUCUUCUCACAUUUCCUCUUCUCCAAAUCCCUCGACCUCUCCAAGCGCAAGGCAUCGUCUCCCAUUACCCCGCCCGUCUCACCACCCACCUCACCCCCUUCAUCGCACACGCUCCGCCGACCAACCACACCACCACCACCACCCCCGCUCAUCCCUACCGCCGUCGCUGAAGAAGCCGAAAUCCUCGACCUAACCCUCCUCUCCCAACUGUCUUUCUUCUUAACGCCCACCACUCUCUUCCACCGCCUCCGCCUCCUGUACUCCGGCGGCAGCACUGGCUUCUCCAUGCGCAGCUUUGAAACGCGGGUCUUCAACUGGCGGGCCCCCUCUCUCCUUCUCGUAUCGGGUAGCAGGCUACCCGCCAUUCCAGAAAGCAGCAACGAGCGCGCCUUUGCCGAUUCUUUGCCCCCAAAACGGUUACCUGAUAGCACGGCCGCCAAUCCCAACAGACUAGUCUUUGGCGCCUACAUCCCCCAAACCUGGCAACAAACCUACAAAACCUGCCUCUCCGACCCCGGCACAAUCCUCUUCCAACUCGCACCAACCCACACCAUCCACCGCUCUACCUUCUCCGACCAACUCUCCUUCACCCACCCCCCCCUCUCCCACCCGGGCAUCGCGCUCGGCUCCCCGCAUCCAACCUCCAAAUCCGCCUCCGGCACCGCCAACCCCGCAAAACUCGGCCCAGUAUCCCUGCACAUAGACGCCUCCUUCGAAUUCGGCGUCUUCACGCAUGACUCCCGCGGCGGUGGGGCAUUCGAGCCCGCUUUAGGUCCCGGUGGAGGGGAUUGGCAAGAGAGGUUCGCGAUUGAGAGUCUGGAGGUGUGGGGGUGUGGGGGGGAGGAGGAGGCGGAGGAGCAGAGGAGGAGGUGGGAGUGGGAGGAGCGGGAGGGGGAGGCGAGGAGGAGGAUUAAUUUUGGGAAGGGAGAUAGGGAGGCUGAUAGGGCGUUGUUGGAGAUGGCGGGGAUUAUUGGGGGGGGGAGGAGUGGGGGGAGUAUGAAUUAGGGGGGAAAGGGUAAUGUGUAAUGGGUUAUGAGUUAUGGAUGAUGGGUAUUGCUACUCUGACCUGACAGCACGCCUUCAAUAGCCCAGCCAGCCGCCCGCAGACAAAACCAAACAGCCGUGUCGUAGUGGGGCGUAGAUAGAUUUUGGUAUUUCUUAGGGAAUCAGUAUAUGUUUUUGUGCAU